AUGAAGGUCUUCGGUUUCCUCGCUACUGCUGCUCUCGUCAUUGCCGCCGCUGCCGGACAGGAAGCGUCCGCUACCGCUGGUGCGCCUGCAAUGGCCGGGUCCCCUGCUACGCCAGCUACUGCUGGUUCACCAGCUUCUGCCGGUUCGCCAGCAAGCGCUGGUUCGCCAGCUGCCGCUUCAGACAGCACCCCUUCUUCUGGUGCCGAGACCCCUGCUGGCGGUGAAACGCCGUCUACUGAUGAUGACAAGAAGACGGCGUCUGGCGCGUCGGGCGAAUCCCCUUCCACCCCACCCACCUCUACCCCUUCUGAUGAUGCCAAGGCUCCUGGUAUGGAAAUGAACGCCGGAUCGAAGCCGUCUGACACGACUGAGACUGAGACUCCGGCUUCCCCUGCAACGGACUCUCCCAUGACCAGCACGGACACGGGCGGAAGCCAGCCGGGAACACCUUCGUCGACGGACACUUCUACGCCUUCCAGCGCUGGACCGAAAGAUGAUAAGCCAAAGGAUGAUGAAAAGUCUGGUGCCGCUUCGGUGGCAGCUGGUAGCGUUGCUGCUAUGACUGCCGUUGUUGUCACUUAUUUCUUGUAA